UGGCUCCGCAGUUGAGAAGGUUCAAGCCAGUUUUUUCCCGUGACGCCUCAAUAGCUUAUGGCGCAAGCAGUUGUUGUGGGAGGAGGCCUUGCCGGCGUCUCGGCAGCCAACAGCGUUCUCGAGUGUGGCGGCAAGGUGGUGCUGGUGGACAAGUCUGCCUUCUGCGGAGGCAACUCCACCAAGGCCACCAGCGGCAUCAACGGCGCUGAGACCAAGACUCAGAAGGAGAAGAAGAUUGAUGACUCGGUGCAGCUCUUCACCUCGGACACCCUGAAGGGCGGGGCCAAGAAGCCGGAGCUGGUCAAGGUGCUUUGUGGGAACAGCGGCGCUGACGUCGACUGGCUCGUCGACAAGUUCGAUCUUGACAUGCCCCCUCUGGGCACAGCUCAGAGACUCAGGUCCCUUUUGGCGCGCCUGGGAGGGCACUCUGCGCCCCGCACCCACCGUGGCAAGGAGCGCUUCCCAGGAAUGACCAUCACUUACGCCCUGAUCCAGAUGGUCGAGAAGAUUUCGGAGCGCAGCGAUUUGGCCCGUAUCAUCAACAAGGCGAAGGUGAAGCAGCUCCUCACGAAGUCGGGCACUGUGUGCGGUGUCCUUUACGAGAAGAAAGGCAAGGACUUGACGGAGGAGGGCCCCGUGAUCCUGGCCACCGGCGGCUUCGGGGCCGACUUCACCGAGGACUCGCUUCUCGCCAAGUACCGGCCAGACUUGCUGGCCCUUCCCACCACCAACGGGGAUCACACCACAGGCGACGGCAUCAAGAUGGGUGAGGCGAUCGGCGCUCGCUCCAUCGACCUCGAGUGGGUCCAGGUGCACCCUACUGGCUUGGUGGAGCCAGAUGACCCCGAGGCCAAGAUCAAGUUCCUGGCCGCCGAGGCGCUGCGCGGCGUUGGCGGCCUUGUCAUCAACGCGGAGGGUCACCGUUUCUGCAACGAGCUGGGCCGUCGCGACUAUGUCACUGGAGAGAUGUGGAAGUCCAAGGCCCCGUACCGCUUGAUCCUGAACAAGGCUGCUUCGGAUGAGAUCAUUUGGCACUGCAAGCACUACACCGGCCGCGGCGUCAUGAAGUUCUACAAGAGUGGUGAGGAGCUUGCCAAAGACAUGGGCGUCUCCGUGAGCACGUUGGAGGCGACUCACCAGGCGCACUUCGAGGCGGCCAAGAAGCAGGAGAAGGACCCGGAGGGCGGCCCGUUCCCGGCCUACCCUUCGGGCAAGACCUGGGACGAGGCCAGCGGAAAGACCGGCGUUGGCAAGAAGUUCUUCCACAACAUCAUCGACGGCUCCAAGGUGAAGACCGAGCCGUUCUACAGUGCAAUCAUCACGCCGGUGAUCCACUACUGCAUGGGCGGUUUGGAGAUCGACGGCAAUUCCAACUGCGUGGACAAGUCGGGCAAGGCCAUCCCUGGGCUGUACGCCGCCGGCGAAGUGGCGGGCGGCGUGCAUGGCAACAACCGCCUGGGCGGGAACUCCUUGCUGGACUGCGUGGUCUUCGGCCGUGUGGCCGGUAAGGAUUGCGCCAAGUACAUGCUGGGCGACAAGAUGAAGAGCAUGGACCUCAAGGAGCUCUCUGGCGGUGGCCUGGCCGCCGACAACGCCCCGGCCUCCAAGCUCUGAGCAUGGGCCAUUUGAAGCUCCAGCCGGACAAGCUCUCUCUUUGUAGGGAGAUUUUCAGCUUGCCGCGAACACAUUCCCACAACAUACAGACAAUUU